UUUCUCCUCUGGGGAAUAAUAAAUCAAUAUCUAUUUAGAAUGACAAUAAAGACCAAACCAAAAAGACCCUAAUAAAUGAGCUCUAUAAGAAAUCUAGUAAGUGGACCUUGAGUUAAGAAUUUUUUUUUAUCAAACCCUACAUACAAAUUGUAGUAAGUGUAGCCUACUGAAGUAUUUUCAAGCCUGUGUGCUUUGUGUGAUUUCUAUAUUCUUGUGUUUGUAUUACUUGUAAUAAACAUCCGGUAUCACAAGUCUUACUUUAAGUAAUACAUUAUUAAAAUGAAUAUCAAUGGAAUUAAUAAUGGAAUUAAAUUAUCAUUAGCGAUAAGAGGCAUAUGUACAAGUCAUUCUUUCUUGGUAUUCACUGUGAUAAGCUCUGAACCGUUCAAUAAUCGAUAGCGGUGUCCUGUGCCUUUAAGACGCUGCUCAGGGUGGUACCAGCGUCGGCGUUUGACGCUCAGGAAGUGGACUUAACCACCGAAAGAUUCCCGCAGAUUUGAUAUCGAUUGUCCCAAAUGUUACAAACGUGUUCACACUGAUCUAAACCUUUGUUUAAGUAUUUUUUUUCGGAUAUCUGAGUCGAUAAUGCUGGAUGGUUGCGCUCAUGAAAUUCACCAGAGAUAUAUGCAGGCUGUUGGGACUCGGGAGUGGUACCCCUGUCCAGCAGCAGGAGGAGCAGAUGGACUGUGGUGCUGCAACUGACCCAAGUGAUGAUACCACUUUGUCACAGCAUGCAAUAAAUGGAGAGGAGGAUUUGAGUGAGGAGGAGAAGGUCAGACAGAGGGCAGAGCGACGCAAAGCCAAGAGGAAGCGCCGUCGAAAACGUAAGAAGCAGGAGCAGGUUAAGCAAAAUGAGAGUGCUGAACGGGAUGAUGAAGACGAGGAUGGUGGUGCAGAGUCUGAACUGGAUGAGAGCGAGUCAGAAGCAGAAGUUGGUGCUGAAGAGGAGAAACAAGGAGUGCAAAAAGAGGAGGACGUUGCCACUCCACUCAUGACGCCUUCAGGAAUCAAAGGACAUGAGAAGACACAAGCCAGAUCCGCUGAAGAGGAGCCAGAGUGGGAUGUGAGCAGUGCCUUCUUUGCUAAUGCUGCUAGCCAUAUCAAACCCAAAGGAUCAAGUCGCAAGUCCAAAGAGAACAAUGAGAAUGAGGCCAGGAGAGAGCCAAAUGGAACUGACACCAUGACCAAGAAAAGCGCAUCACUAACAGAAAAAGGGAUUAAGCUGGUGCAAGAGGGGCAGUACGCACAAGCAGUCAAUAUGUUUACAGAAGCCAUCAAAUGUGAUCCAAAGGAUUACAGGUUCUUUGGGAAUCGUUCGUAUUGCUAUUACUGCUUGGAGCAGUACCCUCAGGCCCUGGCAGAUGCUGAACGCUCCAUUCAGCUGGCCCCAGACUGGCCCAAAGGACACUUCCGCAAGGGAAGUGCUCUCAUGGGCAUGAAGCGGUACAGUGAGGCAGAGAAGGGUAUGGAGCAGGUGCUGAAACUGGACAAAGACUGUGAGGAGGCUGUCAAUGACCUCUUUAAUUGCAAAGUGCUGCAGUUAAUGGAGCUUGGUUUUGAAGAAAUGCAAAGUGUCCUACUGCUGGAGAAAUUUUCAACUGUGCAGGCUGUUCUGGCAUCUUGUUCUGAUGCUGCCAGAGCUGGGAGCCAAGAUCCAUCAGUUGUACAACCGGGAAGCCCUUGCCCAUCUCUGUGGGUGGGAAAUGUGACGACUGAGCUUACUGAGAAACACCUAUGGGACCUUUUUAAAAUGUAUGGUGAGAUAGAGAGUAUCCGUGUGCUACAUGAGAGAUAUUGUGCCUUUGUCAACUUCAAGAAUGCAAACAUGGCAGCUUGUGCCAUGGAGAAACUAAAUGGUUAUUGUAUUGAGAACACACGUUUAGUGGUGCGCUAUCCUGACCGUCGCACUCCGAGGGUCCUUCCCAUUCCACUUAAGACCUGUCUCCCUGUCACACAGCAGGCAGGGGCAGCUGCUGGGCCUCGACGACGUGGCCCAGUGAACGGAGACGAGUGUUACUUCUGGAGAACCACUGGCUGCCAUUUUGGAGACAAAUGUCGCUACAAACACAUUCCUGAUCAGAAAGGCAAGGACAGGAAGCCCUGGCAGCCUUGAACUCAGCUUACUCUUUGCCCCAGUAGUGUGCAGGAAACUGGGAUGCACAGACUGAGCCAAAGGAGCUGCCGCUUACUGGACCAGGUUCUCUGGGCUAAAAAUAUUUACUGUAGCAGAAUGGACCAGAAUAGUCAAAGGAUCAGAACCAGCACUCAGGCUCUAAGGCAGGGAUAGUCACACGUGCCACAAAGGACUGGGAGUAUCGGGGUUUUUAUUUCAACCACAGACGAUACUGAAUGAUAUUUCUCAGUAGUACAAUAUUAACCAAAGGGGAGCAACAAUUUCACCUGGUGUAGUCUUUGUUUUGAAUGAAAACCUUCAUAAUCGCAGCCCUUCAUGGCGCAUGGUGACCUAUUUCAGCUUUGAGGGAUACAUCCUAACCUCACAGGCCUACAACAUAACAAGGAAGUGAAACUGCCUUUGUCCACUAUUGAAAAACCGAAGUAAUGGCCCUGUCACGUACAGCAGUAAUGAAAGGACUCAGUUGGGAUUUUUCAGGCCAAGGUUCUUCAGUGAUGAUCCUGGGGACCUUUCUUCUUUAGAAAUGCCAUCACAAAGCAGUGUUCCUCCCCAUUUUUAAAGUACAGUAACUUAACCAAUACUUUAAUUUGCAGUUUAACAGUUUAGGUUUAUCCAUGGCCCACAAUUGCUCAGGUCAGUCUGCAGUUCAUAACAUUUCCCACUCGUUGUUCCUGUGCCAAUAUCAGCACAUCGUCCACCAGACCAAAGACUUACCAACAGACGUACUUGACAUUUAAGUACCUCCCCUAAUCUUUCUUUUAGCCAAUAAGCUACAGAGACCCAGAGACGUGCCUUCAUACUGUGUUAUGUAGCCUUAGUUAAGAUGAUCAUACGUGAGGAAAAGGACUUGAGGGAUUGGAAAAUUAUAUGUAUUAAUGCAUGGAUUAGGUGUAUAUUUCACUUUUUUUUUUUUUACCUAUUGACUGUCCUAUUGUUGAAAGAUUGAAUACACACACUGCAUGCCUGUUCAGCUGUCAUGACAAGUUAUGGAGGACUCAUUGUCCAUCAUCAUAACCACACUUGUAUGAAGGCUGUAGUGUUCAGUUUUUGGUUAGACUGUGUCAGAGAGGUAUUGUUUUAACUUUGAGGCCAUAGUUUUUGGUUUUGUUGUAUUGGAUUGCAUGAAAUGUCAGGUGUGAACUUCUUCAGUUCUGCAGACUUCUUCUCCCUGUUUUGUGGACUUUAGGAUAGCUAGUUGUGGCAUUUAUCUGUGUACCCAAUGCAAAUGAAUAGCCUUCAUAAAUUUUUAUCUCAGCAUUAGAAUAUGUAACGUGCUUUCUUGGUACACUUGCAUAGUACACAUCACAGUGCUUUAUGUCUAUGCAAAAGAAAAGUGCCGACUUGAUUGUCAGUUAUGUGUCGACAUACGCACACCUACCACCUCUGGCAGAAGUAGUCUGUUUUUGUAGGUUGUUAUGACAGACAUGGCAAUGUCAUUGAUAAAGUAGUUCAUACUACAAGACAGUGCCUUACAAACAUUCAUGCUCAGUCAUAUGCACACAUACAUUCAUGGCCACGUGUGUAACGUGAUCCACUUACAGAACUUUUGAACCUUGAAAAGCAGUGUUUCUGACCUUAGGGGGGUCUCCAUUUCAGUAUUUCAGUGAACCAAAGAAUGCUUCAUGUGAUGGCUCAGCACUGAAAGCAACCUUGUUCUUUCAUAAGUUUCAACACUAGACAGUACAUUAAAACCUAUUGGCAUGUGUUUGUAUUAUCCACUAGAUAACCGUUACCGCUACAACACCUGGUUUAAGUCCACACUACGUUCACUAGUAAACUAUGCACAGCAUAGUGAGAGUAUUUAUUUUCCUAUUUAUACCUACGUUUUUUCUUUUUCUUUUUCUUUUUUUUUUUACAACAUACCUUUAGGAGCUGAAAUACAGCUUUUAAUUUACUGCUCUUUUGUCUUUUCACUUUAUGGUAGGUUAAAGACAUGUAUUUUCUAUAAGUCCCCUCUUCUGUUUAUGUCUGGCUUUAAGAGGCAAGCAUUUUUAAGAACCAUCAGUGUCACAUGUUGCAUUUCUACUUUUCUCAUAGUACUUUCUGUUUCAUGGCUAAAACUUGUGAAAAAGGAAUUGGACACCAAACCUUAAGACUGCACUUGUUUAACAAACUAUUUGACUGAUGCUGUUAACUAUGGCUGCACAGUGCAUUUAAUUUUGCAGACUAAUAAAAUGCAUUGGAGGUUGUCGUAGCAUAUUUUGAUUUCAUCUUAUGGAUAUUUCAAAAUUGGACAAAAGAUUUCCCUGAGUUUAAUUGUAUCUAUUUGGUAUGUUUUUAUUCUUUUUACCUUGUUUCAAACUAUUUCAGGAAAAUGCAUUUUUAAUUAUGAUGUACACAUUGAUAACCAGAGCACUGCAAUCCUGUUAAUCUUCCAAAUAUUUUGUAAUAUCGUUACUGCACUGCAAAAAAGAGUCUUAUAUUUAAUAAAUGUAUUUGAGCCACCUA